AUGCUCAAUGCUUGCUCCAACCAGCUAGAUGGCGAAAGGAGAAGAAGGGCAACGGCUGUACAGACUUUGACCAAAUCUGAACAGGAUUUAGUCGACGCAAGGAAGAAACUACAGGUCGAAGAAGAAGCUCGAAAGAGCGCCGAAUUGAAAUCAGAAGGCUACCAGAAGCAAGCCGAGGAACAAGCAAAACUUCUUCGCGAGGCGAAUGCUGAGCUGAAGAAGACUCAGGAGCAAGCUCUUGUUUUUAAGAAGCAUUUAGAAGAAACCCAGAAGCUAAAGGAGCAAGCCGAAAGACUCAGAGAACAAGCCGAACAGGCGAGAAGCAAAUUCGAACAGGCAACGAAUGAAGCCGAGCAGAGGAGCUACGAAAUUGGGGUGGCUGAAACGGAGAAAGCUUUAAGAGCCGAGGUUCCGGAGGUGUGCCGUGUCUACUGCGCGAGAACCUGGAACGAGGCUCUUAACAUUGCUGGGGUUGAAGCCUCGUCUGAGCUACACAAGCCAGAGAACAUAUAUUACCCCGAAGCGAUACGCUCCUUAGCUCCUCAACCGUACCAGACUGACACUCCUCCACCAGCUAUUAAUCCUAAUGAGGGGGUUUUGCCUCGCAAUUCCUCUCCAGGAGCUUCCCCAAAUAAAUCCAAUACUACUUCGAAGGCAGAGAUGGCCUCACAAGGCUUUCAACAAGAAUUGGAUUCCACGGUUUUAUCAGCCGGGGGUAUUAAUGAUUGA